GUACGACCCGUUCGGUAAAGUGCGAAUCGAAUCGAAACCAUGUUCGUCGCUUUCGCCCGUCUCGCGGUCGCCCGCGCGUCCUCUUCCGCGGUCCGCCGCCAUGUCCUUCGCCGCCCCGCCAUGGCGCGCCUGUUCGCCUCGGGCGGCAACGACAGCGUAACAUCCAACACGUCGCGCUUCUUGAAGCUGGCCGACCAGAUCGAGGAGGACGAUGCAAUCGAGCUCGACGAUGGCGACGAGGUCGUGACCGCCGUCGACCCGCAGGACGAGUUCUUUGUCGACUUGAACCCAGGCGGCGUAGGCCUGAGCGAGCGCGACGACAAGCGCAUCUUCGACCUCUUUAUGGAGAACCCGCUCGUCAACACGAUCAAGAAGCUCUCGACGGACAACCGCGUGUCGGUCGAGCGCAUUGAAGCCACGAUUGUCUUCCAGGGUCUUGAGCGUGGCGCCACGAUUGAAGAGCUCCGCGAAAAGGUGUUUGCCCUGAAGAAGGCCAAGGCGACGGAGCAAGCGGCGCCAGCAACCGAGACGACGGGCUUGAAGGCCAAGGGCCGCGGCAAAAAGUCGAUUGAAGAGAUUGCUUUGGACGACGCUGGGCAUGCCAAGAGCAUACACGACGAAGACAUGACAGAGGCCGACUUCAUGACGAACGAAGAGUGGGAAGAGUACAACAAGGAAGACAAAAUUCGUGAACCCGACUUCAUCUACCUCAGCGACGAGCACGAUGAGCUGCCGCCGCUGCACCGUCAAUAUGGCAAGCGCAAUCUUUCGGACCAGCUCUCGGUCGCCGAAGCCAAGGUGCUGCAGGCUGGCGCCGUCAAGAACACAGUGACGCUGCUUCCGAGUUUUGCCAAGUCGCUCAACCCGACGGGCAAGUGGAAGAUUGCGAUCAAGGACAUCUCGACAAAGCGGGCACCGCUGUACAUGCGCGAUACGGAUGGGACGCUGCGUCUCGCGACCGAUGACGAAGUCGUCAAGCGCUCGUGGGUCAAGCGCCCGUCGUACUUCCAGGGCUUUGACAAGUACGUCUCGUAGGCCACCUCCACUUGUAUAUAUAGUUGUGUAAACUAACUGACGUCUGUUGUACAUUGA